AUGUUCUUUUGUAAGCGAGAUGUUUGGUAUUUAUCUAUCUAUCGAUCUGUCUGUCAGUUCAUAUCUAUCUAUCGAUGUAUCUCCCUGUCUGUCUCAAUUCAUAUCUAUCCAUCGAUCUAUGAGCCUGUCUUUGUGUCUCAGUCUAUUCAUAUCUAUCUAUCUAUCUCGUAUUCUCUGUCCCAGUUUGUUCAUAUCUAUCUAUCUAUCUAUCUAUCUAUCUAUCUAUCUAUCUAUCUUAGUCUGUUCAUAUCUAUCUAUCUAUCUUUCUAUCUAUCUAUCUUAGUCUGUUCAUAUCUAUCUAUCUUUCUAUCUAUCUAUCUAUCUAUCUAUCUAUCUAUCUAUCUAUCUAUCUAUCUUAAUCUGUUCAUAUCUAUCUAUCUUAGCCUGUUCAUAUCUAUCUAUCAGUGUAUGUUCAUAUCUAUCUCAUUUGUUCACAUCUAUCGAAAUAUCUAUCUAUGUAUCAAUCUAUCUCAGUCUAUUAUCAGGUAUCUAUCUAUUAUGAAGUCAAUGGUGAUCAACUCAUGUAACGCACAAAGGAGUCCGGAUCACUCCAUUAUCUAUUCGUCUAUCUAUCUCAAUCUAUUCAAAUGUAUCUAUUUCGCAUUCUGUUCAUAUCUAUCUAUCUAUCUAUCUAUCAGUUUGUUGCUAUCUAUCUCUCAGUUUGUUUAUUUCUCUCGUUUUAUCUAUCUAUCUAUCUAUCUAUCUAUCUAUCUAUCUAUCUAUCUAUCUAUCUCUUCUAUUCAAAUGUAUCUAUUUCGCAUUCUGUUCAUAUCUAUCUAUCUACCUAUCUAUCAGUUUGUUCAUAUCUAUCUCACACUAGUUCAUUGUCUGUCUAUAUAUCCCAAUCUAUCUAUCUAUCUAUCUAAGUCUGUACAUACCUAUCUGUUUCCGUCUGUUCCUUAUCUAUCUAUUUAUCUCAGUCUAUUCAUUUCUAUCUAUCUAUCUAUCUAUCUAUCUAUCUAUCUAUUUAUGUAA